CAUUUGUCAGCUGUCAGACGAGCUCGUCAAUCCACCUACGUCAUAUUUAAAAAAAAAGAAAAAGCAAAAAACCUUACGGUGACUUCUUUGAACUUUUAAAUGUUAAUGAUGUCUGCCAUAAAAUUUAACUUAGAAGAAAUCAAACUCAUACAGCAAAGGAAAAGAAACAAACACAAGAGGAUACAAAUAUAAAUUUUGGCAGGGUAGGAGUAAUUUUCAACUAAUACAGCUUUAUUUCUCAAACAGGGCGGUUGGUUUUUGGAAUGAGCUGCCUUUGAAUGUGGUGGAUGGAGUUAAUUUAAGAGAGUUAAAGGGAGACUUUGAUAAAUAUUUGAAUGAUAAGGGCUAGCUUUGAGUUUUUAGUGUUUAAUUUAAUCGAUAGGAUGGCCUAGAUGUAGAAAAAGGUCAUUUGUUGUCCUUUAGUGCUAUGUUAUAAAAUGUUCAUUCACAAAAGAUGCUAGUCUUACUCAUAGCCAAGCUGGUCAACUUCUAAGGUCUGUUAUCACUAGCAUCUAGCUGGUGGAACAUCAAUAUUUCUUUAAACCUUCACCACCAAGACAGGAAUUGGAAUAAUGAUGUAUUGCACUGUUAAGUUAAACCAAAAGUUUGUAGUGCAAUAUCACACAAUCCUAGAUUAAUUGUGUUAUUCGCACCAUACGUGUCCAUGGGAGAUAAAUUCUCAACUCAUACUAACUUGUACAAGUCUUGUACCACCUCAAGAAAUGAAAACAACCUCACUUCAGGAGAGCAUAACACAGAAAUACAGCCAAGUUUUAUUUUGCAUGAAGAUUCAUUCAACAGUAACUGCUGUAAACCACAAGCUACAUGCCAACAGGAAUGAUAGUUUCAGUAACAGUGUACCACAAGGAGUAUGUUACAGUCAGCAAGUAAACAGAGUUGAUGCAUGGCAACAUCCUGUUUCCAUAAAAAUCACAACGAGAAAAAUCUCCAAUGUGAUGAUGUUUCUUUAUGAACAGCAACAACCUGAGGUAGUGCUAGUUGAUUCAUCAAGGUGUUUUGGAUUUUGCCUGUCUGUGGAGUGAAAAGGAUUGGGAGCUAGUAAUACAAGUAACACCGCAGUGUGUCUGCCUUCAUCAUCAAAUGCUUCUAAUUAUAUUUAGGUGCUAAUAGGAGUUUAUUUUUCAUCCUGCAUGCUCACAAAACUUACAACAGACUUAAGUUGUCAGAGCCACUAUAGUAUUAGGGUUAACUUACGUUUAUUAUGACAACAGUAGAAAAGAAACAAACAUCGUAACCAGAGCCAGUAUUCUACCGAGGUCAAACUUGGAUUUCAGACUAUAACUUCCAAUUAUAUAUAUAUAUACGUACGUGUGAAUGUGUGAAAGAGACAACUUCAAUGUCCAAAUAGCUAGUUACAGCCAAGAAAAAAGUAUAAAUCAACAGAGAAAUUAAAGUAAUGUAUGAUAAGAAUUAAUUAAAAAACACACUUAGCCAAAUACUAAUGAUAUAAUCACAAGUACAAGUGUUUCCAGAAGGGCUAGUCAAAUUAAUUGACUUAAUCCCAGGGUGAGAUUAGCAUGCACUUAAACACAUAUUCACGUAGAAAUUAUCUAUAAUAUUGAACCAAAGAAAACAUGUGAUGUGGAUGUUUCGGUCAGUGAUAUAUAUAUAUAUAUAUAUAUAGAAAUGAUUGUUGCAUUCCAUUACAUUCUUGUAAUUUCUUAGUUGUCAAGAAGACCAAUAUAUCAGACUCAAUUAAAAUUAACUUUUAAUAAAAUUUAUUGCUUUUUUCAUA